AUGGCAUCUAUGAACAACUUUCAGGUUGAGCACGGAUCAAGGUCUGCUCGUAUCCAGCUCAGGAGUAACGACAGCGCCCGCGAUGAUGAAUCGCCAUUCGAAAUCUUGGAACUUUCCGAAGAGGAUUUUGAACUGGACUUCCAUAGAUUGAAGUCCUUCAAUGAUGUACGGGUUAUCAAUAAUCCAGAACUAUCGCCGAAAAACUCUCGUAAUGAAGCAGUGGAGUCUGCAAGCAGUGCCUUUGAAGUUCCCUCUGACGAGAUUGCCAUACUAUCUAUAUCUAGCGGCAGCACCAAAGGUUCUCCGCCGUCAGAUCAACCAGACCCUAGCCUUCGGAAUAUUCAAUCGUCUACUAACUCGGAUAGAAUAGACGAGUGGUGUUUGAGUAGCCACUUCUUCAAUGGGUUGCGCCAGAGUGUCUCUCAGUCAAAUGACGGCAGCACUUAUGGGUUCCUCGUUUCUUCCCUUAAGGAAAGGGAGCCUUAUACGUCUGCCAAACUAAAUAAACUCUCAAACACCCAAAGGAUCGCCGUGCAGCGGUUAUCAAGAGACUUGUACCCUAUCCUCAGAACCUGCUACCGUGAUAAAUCACGUCGACAAUUUUUAACAUGCCGUCAGAAAAGAAUAUACGAUGAUAUACCAUCGUUUUUUCCACAGCGUGACUUCAUUGUUAAAUAUUACUCGUUACCCUUUGAAUUCGACAGAUUUUCAGACGUCGAUAUAGAGUCUUCAUCGGCUUCACGGUUGGUGGAUGACAAUAUACGAGAACCGUCAAACCGGUCAUCGAGUAGCGCUUCUUCAUCGUUGGAAAAUAGAUCUUGGUUUGGGUGGACUUUGCUUUCCAGGUUCUUGGAAAGGGAAUGGUAG